UUCAACUCUAUUGCACAAUCCCUUUCUGUCUCCUUCCAAAGCAUCAGUGUUGACCACCUAACCAUUGAAAACAGUGAGGUGGACUUCUGUGAGGAUGAUGCCAUAGACCUUGAAAUCCAGAACAUUUCUGCCUCCUUCAGAGGAACUCUGAACUAUGGUUUUGUGCGCAGUUGGUUUCCCAGGAUGACGGUCUUUCAUUCCAUUGACUUUGAAAUUGAGUCCACCAUUGAUCUCCAGUUAAGCAUUAAAUUGGACAACGAAAAGGAGCGUGUAAUAGUAGACUCUUCAGAGUGUUACUUGUAUUUCCAUGAACUGGAUCUGCAUCUCCAAGGAGACAAAGAUCCAGGAUGGCUAAAACAUCUGUUUACAAACUUCAUCUCAUUUACCUUGGAGCUAGUGCUGAAAUCCCAGGUAUGUAAAAAAAUCAACUUCCUUUCAAAUCUGCUAGCAGACUUUAUACAGGACACAGCAGCAAAUUUCUUCCCAGAUGGUGACAUAGGACUGGAUAUUUCUUUGGCAGCCCACCCAAUAAUAAAAGCAAAUUGUGUCGAAUCACAUCAUAAGGAUCUGACCAUCACAGUUCAAACUUCCUAUGCACAGAAAAAGCUGGGCUUACACCCAUCCCAUGUCACGUAUGUAUUGUUGCCCAUUGCAAGUUGGAACCUUAACUUGGUAUGUAGAAGAUACAUGGAUCCAUCCAUCACCUAA